GGGUAUUAUAACAGGAUGCUGCUGCAAAGAAUAAAGAAAAAUAAAGGCAGCUAGAUUAGGGAGCUACAUUUGUUAGAUGUUAAAGUUAUGUUAUUUCUCAGCGCUUGAGGCAUGACAGACUAAUAAUUUUUCUAAUCUGGCAAAGAUGAGAUGCAAAAUCUGCUGUGAACUAGCAAGCUAAACCAGUAACGUAAAGAAAACCACCUGCUUCGUUCAGCGGCCGCAGCAGCUUCGCGCUGAGCUUUUCGCGCCACAUACAGGAUGACGACGGUAACAUUAGCUAGUAGCCCGGCUAGGUAACUUACGCUAAAAUAACUAACUCAGAAGGUUUGCUGUGGGAUUACUCCCUUGUGUUUUGAACUGCAGGUUUGGUAUAAGGUUUAGCAGAUAGGAGAAAAUGGAUAAAAUCACACUAGAAGAUAUGAGUGCACAAACUGAGAGGGAGCUAACUUCACCACUCUCCCCCAAACGACCAAGGACAGAUUGUAAAGUGACCGACAACAACAGUGGCAAAAGGUUUGACUUUCCAGAGCUUUUGACAUUUCAGAAAACCACUGACUCCCUGUCACCAACAAGUAUGUUGCAGAAGAAUGUGAGCCUGGUAUGCAUAGCAGAACGUGGGGAUACUGAAGAAGCUCACAGUCAGUUUCUAUUUCUGGUGACAGAUGAGCAUCCUCCAAUUACUGAAACUGACAAGCUCAGCUCAUACCCAGUAGAUGAUGCAGGUGGUGCAGAAGACGCCAGCACUGACACGUCCAGUCAUCCUGAUUGUAAAUGGUCGGAAAAAUCACUUGAAGACGAGCCCCCCGGUGGUUGCAAUCGUCCCGCUGGAAAUGACGAAGAUGGGAGACAGGUGCAAAAUAGUGUCAGUCAAAUCCAAGCAUUCACCCUUAGUUCAAGUGAUGACGAGGUUAGAUGUCGGUCUGAUGGCACUUAUGAAGAUACGCUACAUGACACAGGUUUCUGUGAUACAUGGAGCCAGUCUGCUGAAGUUGAAGAGAGUAAUCAGACGAGGCACGAGUAUGGAUUUAGUGAAAAUAUCCUUUUUAGCAACAAAAAGGAAGACUGUCCAAUAUUUUCCAGUGAUUAUGCAGACUCUAAAACAUUCUACUCAAGCCCCAAAGAAGACCCCUCUGGGAACUUGGCAGAAGGUGUGAAAAAUGAGGGGGAAAUAUUAGAAUUGCAGAUUUCUGAAAAUGAAAAUGUUGCCGUCUGUGAUAGGGAAACAAAAGGCCCAAUUAAUGAGAAUGGCAUGAGCAAAAACUCCAUCCCUUCUGCUGCUGGAUGUGCUGAGGGAUCAAUUGUUUCUUAUGAUAUGGCAUUAGCCAGAAAUGUUGAAAUUGAGAACAUGAGUCUUGAAGCUGAAAACAAGAUGAUAGCCAAUGCUCGGAGUGAAACGGCUGAUCACACAACAGAGACUCCACUGCCUGCAAGAAUCAGUCAAGAGCCUGCUGAAGGAGAUAAUGAUGCAGACCCAUUCAGUGUAAUUGACCCUGCAAUCUGGAGUGAAACUGAGAGGGAGGCUGAAGUGAAACGCUGUUACGCAGAGAGCACUGCAGGUGUAGGAUUAUCUCCAUCAGUAAAAGUCUACAAGAUGGAAAUGCAUUUUCCACUCUGUUCUAAUGUCAGGCCAUCACAGGAGGUUUCAGCUCCCGACCGAACUGGGCAGUUUAAUCACCAAAGCAGAACACAGCAGUGCAAGGAUGAUAAAGAGGACUUACUGGUAGGUCAGCCAUACACAGAACCACGGGCCUGUUCCAUCACCACCAAUGGAACACACAACAAAACUGGCAAUGCAAGCAGCUGUCAUUGGAAAUCCAGUCCCAGCAGCAGUCCAUGCAGAGCCGCAGAGCCGCCUCCUGCUGGGGAUGGAAGACAAGAAAGCCACGAUACUGUGGGACAUCAGUCGAAUGAGCGUGAUCAGCCUGGCUGUUUCCCUGUCAGUCUUGACCACCUGAAGACACAGAAGGUUGAAUAUUUACAAACUGAAGCUGCCAGACUGGACGAGUCAACUGAGAUAAAAGGAAAAGAAAUGACAAGUUUUGAAGAAAUAAGAACUGAAGAACAUGGGAAUUCAGAAAACCCAAUGAAACAAAAUGAAAAACACAAACAAGACAAAACUAAAGUAUCAACUGGUGAUUGUAUCACUGACUGGACUGAUGACAAACUAAGUAAAUGUGGCAACGAAUCAAUACAUAUUGAUGAGGAACUGAGAAAUUACCUUGAAUGCUUGUCUGAUCACCCAUACAAUGCUGUAAUUCUAGCAAUUAAAGAGACAACGGUUGAAAAGGAAAGAAAAGAAGAGGCAAGUGUUGGAGAGGAAACUGCUGUGCAUGAGAACUCCGAGAUAUUAGUGAAAUCAGAGGAUGCUCAUCAGCAACAAAGUCUACAGGAAGGUGACAUGGCUAAUGCAUCACCCGAUGAAUGUUCCAGUGAAUGGAUACAGGGAGACUUGACUAGAAGUGGCAACAAAUUAACCCGAGUUAGUCAACAUGAACAAAGAAACAAGAUUAGUUGUUUUGCUGAGUACCAACACAGAGGUGAGACAUUCAUGGUUGAAAAUAAAGAUGACCUUUUGGCUUUCACUUUUCCUCCAACUAGUGAUGCAGUUGUGCCAGGUCCAUAUGAAUUCAUCCAUUCACAUAAUGCUGACAGGAACCCCACGGCGCUUAACUGUAGUGACAGAUUUACCUCAGUGCCAUUUGCCUUUACUUUCUACGACCGUGUGCCGGGGGCUUUUGACACCUUCGAAAAGAUGCAGCUCUCACUAGAUAAUGAAGAUGAUGAUGAUGCAGGCCUGAGCAACAGUCCACCCAGGCAGCUGUUGAAAACUCCCCAGCAACAACUUUACAACUCCCUGCCUGAGGCAGAGAGCAAUGAGCACAAGGAGGUACCAGAGGAGGAGGUGGAGGAAGAAGUGGAAAGAUCUGAGUGUCACACUGAGAACAUGGGAAAUGGAUUUUUAAGCAGCGAUCAGAGUUGUAAUGAACUCCCAAACUUUAUCUCAGCAGCAGACAUUAUUGCUCUCGGAUGGCCAGAGCAACCUCCUAACUGUGAAUCAGCCUGUAAUUCUUCCAAGUGCUCCCAGGAUGACUUAAACCCACAGUCAAUAUGCCCAACUGUUUCCCCUAUGAGCGACAGUCCAGCCUCUGAUGUGAACGACAGCCCUAAGUUUGAAAUGAAAAAACAUUUUGACAUGGUCUUGAAAGAGCUGAAAUUGUAUUUUGAUAUCAGCAUAAGUGAUAUUGCAAGCGACAGUAGAGCGUCAUCCCCUGAGCAGUGUACAACUGAAGAGCUGGAGAGCGACAUUUCAAAAUACAAAGAACACAUCAGCAGCCCAGAUUUAGGACGCCACAGAGACACAGCAUCUGAUGAUGCUGAUGGAGUCUGCAGCCCGGAUAUGUGUGGAGGCGAUCCAGUGGUUUCUUGUACAUCUGGCCAUGGUGACGGCGAGCAGGAGGUGCCCCAUGGCAGCCACCUGUGCCAUGAAGCAUCCAUGACCACUGCAGAGAAACACAGAGAGCCCUGGGAAAUGGAGCAGAAAAGGAAAACGUGGUCUCCGUCCUUCAUAUGUGGACCUUUCUUGGAACAACUGAGCCAGACACCAGCAAUGGAGAUAGACAGGAAAGGAAGGAGAGGGGAUGACAUGCGGAAAAGGAAUCAAACCUGGGCGCCUGCGGUAAGGACUCAGCCUUAAUGAUCAGGACCGCCAGAGCAUCCCAGGAGACUAGAGCCUCUGAGAACAUGCUCACGGCCACUCCGGGUUGGACUUUCAAAGAGAGCCAAGACCAAACACCUACACCGUCCCCACCCCUACAAAUGACCAUCGGAAAUGCAAUCAAGGUGAAGUGCAGGAGUGUUAAUCAAGCUCCACCAUGUUCAACAACUGAAAUGUUAUUUUUCUGAUUUACAAUGUAUUGUUCAUGGGUUUUUUUAGCUUCUUCCCUUUCUUGGUUUUUGUGAAGGGUUCUGGUUCCUGUACAUUUUGACACCCAUUUAUCUAGCGAAGGCCGAAUCCACAAAAUGUCCUGUUACAUUUUCACAUUUACAUGCAUCCUCUCACUGGAGGUUCCCAUUUAAUCCCAGUCUGCAGCUGUUUGCCCACUGAGUGGCUCAGUUGCAGCAGCUGGGGAGUUAGUGACUUGCCUAAGGACACCCUGACAGCAUUAGUUGAUAAAAUAAAACCUGUUUCAUGUCCACAUUUGCCCUGCUGGAAAAAUAUUGUGGUUUUAAAAAAUGUUUCCCUAAUAUUUAUUUAUUUAUUUAUUCAUUUGCUUCUUUACAAAAAAAUGUAUACAUUCUCGUUGGUCUUGGUUGGUUUGUUACAUAUAAUUGGUCCUUGUGUUUCACUGUAGGUGUAUUGAUGCAGUGUGCUGCCCGUUCCUGUUAUGUGUGGGCGUAUUCAGUCAGGGUAAAUGAGCUCAGUAUGUUCUGUUUUUACCAUUAAAUGGCUUCACAUGUACUGAAUGCAACAUAUCCUGGAGCAGUUCUGUGGGAGGUUAGCUGGGGUUGAAUUUAAAAAUGGCCAGUUUUCCAGUGAAUUAAAUAAUAUAACUGUAUGUAAAAUGUGUUUUUCAUGUAUAAACAAUACAUGACUCUACCUUUGGAUAAAACAUAGAUCUCAUUGUUGGGACAAACAAGAAGAAGCAUUUACUCACUUUCCUGAUGUUCCAUCACUCAAAAAGCAGUGAUACUCAACAUAUGUCUUUGUUUGUCAGCUGUGGGCUGAUUUUUCCUCAGCACAAGUAUCAUUUGUUUUAUUAAAUAUGUAACUCAUAAUUACAUUCGCUCUUUUUUCACCAGCUCGGUCAGCUAAAUGUACUCUUUGUUAUCAUAACAGAUGAACACAUUUUUUUUAGUAACACCCUGCCACUACUGGACCACAGCAUAAUUAAUAAUACUGAGCUGAUUAUAAAUUCAUUCCUCCAUAUUUUUAAACUCCCCGAUAAGACUGGUGGCUGUAUUAGAGUGUUUGCUGAAAAGCUGCUGGUGUCAUAGAAAUGCAGUUUACCUCAUUAAAUGCUUAACAGGUUUCCAGAUACAACUGGGGAGUCAGAUACUGAAUUGAUUUUAACACAGACUCAGCGCUUGCUGAAGCUCUACUGGCUGUAGGCUGUGGAAGUGACACCUCAGCUCAAGUUAUAACGAUGGUAUCAGGGGGGCUAUUUGGGGUUGUUUACCUGCCACCCACAGCUCCCUAAAUGUGAAGUGAAUAGGUUUGUUUUUAAUCAUACGUUAGGCUGUUUUUGCUAGAACAUGGGAGUGCAUGUUGGAGACAGAUACAGUGGGUAGAGACAAGGAAAACAAUGACAACUUGACUUAACCUGCUUAAACUAAUAGCAUAGCUACAUAGACAGUGCUUACUUUUCUUCACUGUGUAGUAUUCAAUGCAGCACUGUUUUAAACUGUUAAAACAAAAUUAAAAAGAGAAUUAAGGAUAA